CAUAAAAAACACUUGUUUCUCUGAAACGCCCACAGGCGCUGCAUGUUUGGAGGAUGCUGAUGUUGUCAGCUCCGCCUACAGACAAGCCACUGUUAGCAGACUGUUAGCACAGGCUAGCGAAAACCAAGAAGGUUACUCAAAAACAAGUCAUAGCAAUACAUGAUCAAAAUGUGUAUUGCGGUCUUCAAAAUAUCUACGAGCACAUAGGAAACGAAGACAAAGCUGUAAGGACUCAAAUAAAUCAAAGUUUCCUGAAGAUGGAGGUGAGUUCAAGAGACGUUCCUGGUCUGACUCUGCAAGUGUGCUUCCCAGCAGUCCGAGCCUCAGUCCUGGACAGUUUGAACAGACAGAGGGAGGAGGGGCAACUCUGUGACCUGUCCAUCCAUGUACAAGGGCAGGUGUUCAGGGCCCACCGAUGUGUCCUUGCUGCUUCCUCUCCAUACUUCCAUGACCAGGUUUUGCUGAAAAAUGUCACCACAGUUUCGUUGCCGUCUGUGAUGGACCCUGUGGCUUUUGAAAGCGUUCUGAGCUCUGCAUACACGGGACAGCUCAGCAUCGUCCAGGAUGACAUUGUCAAUUAUGUCACUGUGGCCAGUUUUCUGCAGAUGUGGCACAUAGUGGACAAAUGCACAGAGAUUUUAAAAAGACAUCGCCCUGCCCCAGAUGUACCUCCAGGGGGUACUGUCUCUCGCCAACAGUCUCCCAGCAGCACUGACUGUUUGUAUUCAGAGCGAGUGGGAAGAAAGCGGGAGAAAAAGCCUGAUGCCCUCCCUCCUUUGGCAACAUGGAGACGACCUCAGCAGUUUCCAAGAUGGGGGCGUCAAAGAUCAUCAACUGGACAGCAGUUAGCGGACUCACAGCUGGAGUGCCUGCCUGCUUACAAUGACAGUAGUGAUUACUCCAGUUGUGAAGAGCCGUGGGUUUCAAGUCAAGCCAAACCGGCUCAUAUUGUCCCAGAUGCGCUCGGACACAGCAGUAAAAACCACGGUAUGCCACUCAGCGAAGAGACAUUAAAGCAGAAAUUCAGUCUUCAGCAGCAGCGUGGCCCCGAAAGGCCUGCAGAUAAGAAUAGAGAGAGUGGGGACCGUGAUGUAACUCAAGAGAGACAGAAGAAAGACAGAAAGGAGAGAGAGGAGGAAAAGAGUUCAGGAGGCAAUGGAGUGGAGACGAAGGAGGACAUUGUACCAGUGGGGCAGAGUGACAUCAACGUUGCUUCAAAUGUGAAUAGAGCAUCUAUUGUAAAAGUGAAUCUUGAUGACAGCACUCACAGCGAUGCCUCGUCGGAUGUCCCCAACUCCGCUCCUCAAAACCAGACCCCCCAAAAUCAGACCCCCCCUGCACCUUUAGAACGCCUUCAAUGGCAAAUACCUCCUUGGUCCCAACAAGCUGCAAGAGCCCAAGACAGCGAGACUGGUAGAAACAGUAUAAACAACGAGGAGGACACAGAUAUGGGACAUUUUGAAGGUAAUUAUAGUCGGGAUACUUUUGAUGAGAUUGAAAAGGAAAGUGGACAAGUUUCACAGCGACCUUUAGUGUCUCCAGAGUUUAAUUUAACUGGAUCUGAUGCAAGCUGGCCUUCAACUAGCGCCAACCAAGGUCCUUGUUUGACGCCUACAUCCUCAUCCACUUUCCUAGCACCUUCCUCGCCUCCUAUGCCUUCCUCCUCUUCCUCUCUACCCCUCACUGGUGCCCCAUUCGCAGGCAAAGUCCACUACUGCCACUGCGGUAAAGCCUAUGCGCUAAAAAGCAUGAGAGAUCGCCAUGUUAAAAUGCAGCACCUAAACUUGCGUCCUUUUGGUUGUCCAGUUUGUAAUAAGUCAUUUAAAAUGAAACAUCAUUUAACAAAGCAUCUAAAAACACAUGGUGGAUUACGGCCUUUUGAAUGUAGCAUCUGUGGUAAGAAAGUGAUUUGGAAAGACAGUUUUCUUAGACAUCAAGCUCGAUGUCAACGAUUGGCUUUAAAUAGCAACAACUCAAGCACGUCAGCUGAAGAUGGUAGUAGUUUUGGGUACAGUUUUGAGGAAGGGGAGGGGUUUUUAGCAGCGGGGGGGCAGAUAAAGGUAGAGGAGGGGGACUUUGCAUCAGAGGAUGGGAUGGAGAGAUUGCUGGUGUCGAGGAUUGUGAAUGAUUUUCAGACAGAAAAUGUAGACACUGAAAGCCAUGUUUUUAAAGAAGAAGUCAAUGAGAGCUUGAGUUAAAAAAUAACUGCACCUACUUUGUAUGUAAAUUAGAAUACAUUUUUUAAACUCAUUCAUGGAGUUGUGACUGCUUUGCCUAAAGUAUUCCACAGAAUGGCAUUAAACUUGCUUCAAUAGACAGAAGCAGGUGAUGCCACAAGCCAGGCCAAAUUACAGGUCAGCUCUGUAAAGAGAUGGUAAAUAUGGAUGCUUUUCAAGGUGUUUUUGGCCAAUAAAGCACCUGCAAUUUAAGAAAUGCAAAGUAGAUAAGUUUCAAAAUGUAGUGCUGAGGCACUUGUAUUACUGUUGAGAACUAAUAUAUUUAUUUUUUAGUUUAAGGGGUGCUCACAAUUUCAAUCACAAAGAGAUCAAAUCAAGACAUUUCAAUACAGGCCAUACACAAGACAUAAGCCAUUCAGUUUUACUGGAAUUAAAUAUAGUCAAAUGGUACCAUAUAUUUGUAGCGAUAAAUUAAGUUCUUGCAAAUUGUGUUCUCCUUUUCUAUCAUUGUCUCCUGAUGUAAAUUGUUAAAAUACAUUUGAUUUUUCUUUCCCUAUAUUUAGUAAAGAUACAGUGUUGCUUUACUAAAUCCAUAUUUUUCUUAUGGGCCACUAUAAAUGUUUAGCCACUUGAAUGGGAGAUACUGUGGCACAUUAUCUUUCUGGCCAUCAGAUGGCGCUAAAUUAUAGCCAUAGACAAAUUGCUUUACUGAAAUUGGGCUCACAGUACUACACUAUCAGUGAUUUGAUGUACAAGAUUUGUUUAAAACUGUUACGGGAUAAAAACUGGACUGUAGAAUGUAUCAUUGUGAUUUAUUCACUUUUCAUUACAACCACAGUAUUUUUGUCUCUAUGUUGUAUUUUGUUUUUACUGCAUACUUUUGGUUGUGACAUGACAUUAAAGUUUUGCUUUUUGCACACAAUGAAAUGCUGUUAGCAGAUAUGGUUAAAAUCACAUAAACAACAGUAAUCUUUGUUCUGGAUUUGAUAUGAUUGUAGUAUGGAGUAUAAAACUGUUUGUUACAUAGUGCUACCAGACCAAGUAAGUAUUUUUGUACAUGUCUACAAUAAUAAUAAAAUACAUUU